CUUUCUUUGGUCGUAUUCUCAUGUCUGAAAUGUUUCAAAUUUGAUUGUAAAUUUUGAGUUUUUUGUUUGGUCUAAAUUUGUGAAAUGUUAUCUCGUUUUGCUUGAAUUUCAGUUUGGGUUUAUCUUGAAAUGAUCAUAUCUCAUCUGGGUUUUUCGAAUUCUUUGCUUUCGGGUGGAUUUGUAUGCAAUGAGAAUGGACUCUCUUCCUGAUGCCAUUGUUCAGUACAUUUUGUCACACUUGAACAAUGCUCGGGAUGUUGCAGCUUGCAAUUGUGUAUCCAAGAGAUGGAAGGAGUCAUUGCCUUACCUUAGAAGUCUCUAUUUUCCUCGCAACUCCUUUGAUAGCCACUGUGGCAGUGAUAACCCAGACUCCAUUGUCUGGAAAAUGCUUUCGACGAUUGUAUGUUUAGAGGAGCUUGUUGUUUACAGUCCUUUCACCAGUGCAGGCCUUGCCUUGUGGCUAUUGCUGGUGCAUUCAUCACUCAAGCAUCUUGAGCUGAGAAUGGAUAAUAUUACUGAAUAUCAGGCAUGUCUUGAUAGCCCUUCCAAAUUGGACUGCAUUAGUGCAGCAAAGAAUUUGGAGUCCUUGAAGCUCUGGGGUGUGCUGAUGGUUAAUCCACCCAAGUGGGAUGUUUUCAAAAACCUUCAAAGCCUCGAAAUUGUUGGAGCAAGAUUGGAGGAUCCUGCAUUUUCUGCUGCACUUAGGGCAUGCCCUAAUUUGACUAACUUAGUUCUGCUUGGUUGUGAAGGGGUUAGAUCAGUUUCAAUUGAGUUGCCAUAUUUAGAGCACUGUAAGCUGGACUUUUAUGGCUUGGGGAACUGUUCCCUUUCCCUUACUUGUCCAAAAAUUGAACACCUCGAGGUGCAAGGUUGUAGUUGGAUUAGAGUUCGUGAGACCACAUGCUUGAGGAACCUUUCAAUCGCAAACAAUGCUGGAAGAGUUUACAUGGUAGACUUUGGGAAGCUUUCAGCCCUUGAAUUCUUGUCCAUGAGGGGGGUCCAAUGGUGUUGGGAUGCAAUAAGCAAAAUGCUAGAAUGGUCUAGUGAGGUGAAGCAUCUCUACAUGAAGGUUGAAUUCACUGGAGAUUUGGAGACCCUUUUACCCUUUCCAGAGGUUGACUUUGUUGAAUUUUUUAAUAGCCAUCCCAAGCUGCAAAAGUUUGAUAUCCAUGGAGCCAUGUUUGCUGCACUUUGCCAGAAAAACAGCCUGAAAAAUGUAGAACCAGGCUUUGUAAUUCCAUGCCUAGAGGAAGUUGUGGUCCAAGUAAGAUCACCAUUAAACGCUGAACAGAAAAUGAGCACCCUGGAGUCCCUUCUGAAGUAUGGGAAAAAUCUGAAGACAAUGGUAAUAAGGAUUCUUCAAAUGAAGAGCAGCCAUAGUAGCACAGAUGACUUCUUUGAUGAGAUAUGCAGGCUUAGGUUUAUGAACCGCAAAAUAGUCCGAAUCGAAUAAAGUUGACAUGGGGGCACUUUCUCUGUACUUUUUUUUUUUUUUAAGCACCGAAGUGAACAGUUUUGACUGCUAAUUCUAAGCAUAGAACAUUGCUUAAUGAUGGUUUUCAUGUAUCUGAUUCUCUCUAUGUUUCAUUGGGGGCAUGUGGAUUGAUGUUUUGAAUGAUUAAGCCUUUCUUAUUUAUUUUUUAA